CGUUUUUCAUUCUUUCCACUUAUCUGCUGCUCUCGUUUCUGUUUCUGUUUCUGCUUCGUCCAUAGUGGAGUGGUUUUUUAUUGAUCAAGCUACCUCUUUUCUGCUUUGUUCUUAUCUGGUCUGUUCUAAAUUUGCCUUUUCUUCCAUUUCCCGUUUUGGGUACUUUGCUUUUCUCUGUUUUAGACGUAUUUCCUGCGUUGUUAGACGUGUUUUUUCAAUUGAGGAUUCCAUCGUAUUGUUCGUGGGCUGCGUGCUUUCGGUUCUUUUAACCGUUUGAUUGUUGGUUUUUGCGUUCUCAAGACUGCUUUCGUUAAAUACUUUCUAUUCUUCAUAGUUGAUUCCUGCUAAAGCUUCAGCUGCGCUUUUGAGUUUGACUGGACCUUCGGUGAAAUUAAAGGUUUGCAUACAGGGGCUCUUCCUGGUUUUUAUACAUCUUUCUUCUUCAGUUUUUUCUUGAGUGUUAUCUGAAGAUGGGGGAUCACUUCGUGUUGCUGGUUGAUCGGUUACUUACUGAGUCAACUCUGGAAGCUGCAAUUCAGAGAAACAGGUCUUUACAAACCAGCCCCACGGUAGUUGAAGCCACAAUUAAAGAAUUUUCUUCCCAUACUAUGGAUUUCAAUCAUGGGUCAUCUCCGAGGAAAUUGGUGGAGUGCAGAAUUUGCCAGGAUGAGGAUGAAGACUCAAACAUGGAGACACCUUGCUCUUGCUGUGGCAGCUUGAAGUAUGCUCAUCGCAGAUGUGUCCAGAGGUGGUGCAAUGAGAAGGGUGACACUAUGUGUGAGAUAUGUCACCAGCAAUUUAAGCCAGGUUAUACAGCACCACCUAAGUUGUUCCAUUAUGGGGGUAUUCCUAUGAACUUCAGGGGUAAUUGGGAAAUUUCCAGAAGGGACCUGCAUAAUCCUCGAUUUAUAGCAAUGGUUGCAACUGAGCGUAACUUCUUGGAUCCUGACUAUGAUGAGUAUUCAGCUGCCACUUCAAGAAGUCUGCUGUGCUGCCGCACAGUGGCUAUAAUUUUCAUGGUUCUUCUGGUUCUAAGACAUACGCUUCCAAUUGUAGCUAGUGGGGCUGUGGAGUAUUCGUUUCCACUAUUGAUGUUAUUUAUAUUGAGAGCUGGGGGGAUUCUUCUUCCAAUAUAUAUAAUGGUGAAGGCAGUAAUGGCCAUAAAACGUCGGCGACAACAACAGGACCUUCAAAUGUCCAUUACAGAGUCCGCUGAAGAAAAUGAACAGCCUAAUCUACAGUCCCAGCCACACGUCAUUCGUAUUCACUAGGCUACUAUACCACUGGGUACUUGGAUGAAAGAGUGAAAAAGAAGACAAUGUUUGAUGAUGACUAGCUAUCUGAUCCCAAGCUAUAUGACGUGAAGAACACUCUUACCAUUAGCUGAGAGAAGGCAAGCAUCAUCAUUCACAAUCAAAUAUGGGAUGAGAAGAGAAUUAAGUUAUAGAAUGAAGGUGUUCCUAUCAGUUAAAUAAUACAAAACUGAGCUUUCGCAUUCAUUGACAUGAGAGCCAUUCUUGGCGAUAGAAUUCGGCAAGCGAUCCUCGGGUUCAUUUCAGUUACAGUUCCAGUUAGUUUUCAGAUACGUGUCAUCACACAUUCGUUUCAUCUGAAAGCUAAAAUGUAUACCAAUAUCGUAUUCGCAUAUGUAUAUGUAUAGUCUAUGUAGAAUAUCAGCCACGCAAUCAAAGAUGAAGGGCUCAUUCUGUAUAUACUUUGUUUCAUUGAAUUCCCACGUGGGAUUUGUGAUAUUGCUGUGGAGCUGUUGUAUUGUUGAUCCUCUGUACUGUAUUAGAAGAAGCAUAUCAAAAAAAAAAAAAAAGUUAAAGAAAUACUCUUUCUGUUCA